CACCUCCAUAUCCCACUGCUAUCCAUCUCCACAACCACAACCCGCCAGGAUGGAUUACCAAAACCGCGCGGGCUCCAAAUUCGGCGGCGGCGGCGUCGCCUCGCACUCCGCCACGAACGCCGACCGACGCGAGCGCCUACGCAAACUCGCGCUCGAAACCAUCGACCUGGACAAAGACCCCUACUUCUUCAAGAACCACGUGGGCAGCUUCGAAUGCAGACUAUGUCUAACGGUACACCAAAACGACGGGUCAUACCUAGCCCACACGCAGGGGCGGAAACAUCAAACGAACCUUGCGCGGCGCGCGGCGCGCGAACAGCGCGAGGGCAAGAACCAAGAUCCGUCGUCCAUUCCCGGGGCGAUGGGCGUGCAGGUCAAGAAGCAGACGAUUAAGAUUGGACGGCCCGGGUAUAAGAUCACGAAGAUUCGGGACCCCUUGACGAGACAGCUGGGCAUGUUGUUCCAGUUGCAGUAUCAGGAGAUUACGCCGGGAGUGACGCCCAAGGUGCGCUUUAUGUCGGCGUUUGAGCAGAAGGUUGAGGAGCCGCCGGAUAAGAAUUUCCAGUAUUUGGUGGUGGCGGCGGAGCCGUAUCAGACUUGUGGGUUUAAGUUGCAGGCGAGGGAGAUUGAUCGUCGGGAGGGACGGUAUUGGACGUGGUUUGAUGAGGAUAGUAAGGAGUUUUGGGUUCAGAUUAUGUUUAAGACGGAGAGAGAGGAGAGGUUUUCGGGUGUGCCUGGUUUGGCGCCUCUUAAGGAAUAAGUCCUUGGGGUAGUGAAUGUUUCUUUAUUGUUGUAGCUGUUGUUGGUUUCCUGUUGAAGGUCGGGUAUGGCGUUUCAUGGGCUUGCACUGCUGGCAAAAUGUUGUGGCUAUCGUUCUUUCUAUUCUAUUGCUGUGUUAUGCAUUAGAGUGGCUUCGCAUCAAUACCAUGCCCUCUUUUUCUUCCUCUUCUAAUGAUACAAUCUAUCCACGAUGAGAGUUUUAGUUCUACAUGAGACGCAAACUUCUAC